AAAUGAGAUCAGUCUCCGCUAUGGAUUUAAUGGACAAAAAACAUUGGAGAGCACUUUUAAUCAUCGGCUUUUUGCUUCUGCUUUGCACAUCCUUAGUAUUCGGUUUCAGUGAUGAUGAUCUCGAAUUGAAGCCCGGUGAAAAAUGUCCCUUCAAGGACACGGUCAAUCUUACAGGGCAUGUGCCUUUGGAAAAUGGUACUUACAUAUAUCACAGUGUCUUAAUACACGACACCCAUUUGGCACAUUACAAUUACACCAGAGGAUUUCGAAACAGCGAAAAUGAAGUCGAAACUCAUGUGCGCGGCUGUGUUUGUGGAACGUUGCGAUAUUGUGUUAAAUUAUGUUGCGAACGAGGCGAGUUUUUCAAUGAGGCCACAUUUCAGUGUGAGCGAAUUCCCGAAGAUUAUAUCGUGCCUCAGAAGCUGUAUAUAACGCUGGAAGAUGAGUCUGCAAAAGAGGUGGAUAUCUACGAGUAUUUUACACCCCUAGUGGGAACUCCAUGUGAAAAACCCGAAAGUUUGUCGCAAAAUACUGAUAGCUGGGAUUUAACUGAUGAGGGAACUUUGCAUGUAUACAACGAUGAUGUUUACCUUAAUACUGUCAAUUACUGCCUAUCACCUUUUCUUUACGACGGUAGUGGCGAGUAUGUGUUUGUGCCCUUGAGUUGCCCUAUUAAAAAUGAGCCAGAUUGGACAAUGCAGCUGAAUACAUAUGCCAUGGCCAUAUCUGUGAUUUUCUUGUUACCCACUGUUCUGAUAUAUUUGCUGGUGGAAAAACUGCGUGGCAAUAUGCGUGGCAAACUUUUAAUCUGCUACUUAAUCUCAUUGAUCGGAAGUUAUACCAUUAUAAGCAUUAUCAAUAUAUCCGGUUAUGUAUUUGAUAAUGAAACAUGUUCGGCUCUGGGUUUCGCUUGCUAUUUUUUCUUUGUGGCGGCAUUCUUGUGGUUAAAUGUUUUGUGCUUUGACAUAUGGAUAAAUUUCAAGGAUCAUCAAGUGAAUAACAGCAAACGUAAACUGAGUAUUCGAUUCCUGUGCUAUACUCUAUAUGCUUGGGGCACAGCAUUGCUGAUGACCCUGGUGUCAAUGUUGUGCCAAUGGUCGGAUUGGAUGCCAAUGGACUACAAACCUGGCAUUGGUGACGAAGUGUGCUGGCUCGAUACUGAGAAAUGGUCUGCCGGCAUAUAUUUCUAUUGGCCAAAUUUGAUUAUAAUUAUUAUUAAUAUUGGAACAUUUGUCCAUUUGUCUUUACGCAUUUAUCGCAUACGUAAAAACUUGGGUAAAAUGACACAGAAGCAGAAAUUCUUUCACGAAAAUGGUGUUGUUAUUUUACGGCUUUUCAUUGUCAUGGGCAUAUCAUGGAUCAUGGAUAUUGCCUCAUUUAGUUUGCGAAAGUACUCCUUUUCCGAUUAUCUAUUCACACUAACCGACUUUUGCAAUGCCAUUCAAGGUGUCACAAUUUUUGCGUUAUUUGUUCUCAAACGCAACGUAUACGAUUCAGUCAAAAAGAGUGUCAGUUCAUCGCCAAUCAGAAAGUCAAGGCGUAGUAGCUCAGUGACUGCCAGCACACACUUUUCAAAACUCUCAACGAAUUCUUAUGCACAUACUUCGUCGAUGAAGGAUAAUUUGUAAAUUUGUGCUUAUGACCAACGGAAAAAAUGCAGUCGAAGGCGUGUUAAUUUCAUGUUAAGUUUGUAUCUCAGAUAAUUAAUUUUGAUGGAUAAUUGUACUACAAGUUUUAUUUAGGUUUUAAUAGAAUGCAAUUUUUAAAAUCUUGUUUGAAUUUGUGUCUCUAUAU